GUGGUUCUUCUUACGUCGUCAGAAUAUGGGUCUGACCUUAGGGGGGCUUUCUAAGGUAUAUAAUUCAACGUGCACAUAAUUGUUUCUAUUCAUAGCAUAGAACGGCCGACACACACCACUUACUACGUUUUCCUCGACCCCGCCAACUGACAUGGCAGACUCACAUGAUUUGAAGGCUUUCUGUCAACAACUUCAAGAGGAACCUGUGAAAAGAUACAAGGCUGGAGAUUUUAAGGGUUUAUCCGAGCUCUAUACGCCCAACUGUAAACUGAUGCCAACAGGAACAGACGUCUUAUUUGGAAGAGAAGCCGUUGAGAAAUCAUUCAGAGAUUUUUUCAACGCAGGCGCCAAAUGGUCGACCCUCGACACCGACGAAGCUGGGCAGGUUCACGGCGACGACUGCUUGUACGAACGAGGUCACUACAAGUUCUUCAAUGAAGAUGGAAGCGUUCGCGAGGCAGGAAAAUAUGUGAUAAUUUGGAAGAAAAUUGAGGGUGAAUAUCGCAUAGAUAUCGACAUCUGGAAUGCUAAUCAGUAAUUUAAGGGAUAUAAACUCUUGUACACAUUUGUACAAACAGAAUCACUUAAACGUGAUUGGUCAGGGCAAACUCCAGGUGUUGUUGACGUAUAGAAAGUCGGAUAAUGCACCCUUGUCGCACAGCGUUCAUAUAUUGAGGUUCACUCCGUGCCUUUGUGUCGCUCAAUAUUUGAAGGUAAUAACUGUGUUAAAUAAGUGUUAAACACUACCAGAAAAACUACAACUGAAUUGUAUUACCAUUUUCAAAGCAUCCAAUUGUUUGUCACUGUAAUCACAUGCCCAUUACACGUAUUUUCUGAUCUGUAAAAAAUUACGUCUGCACAUAACUUUAAUCAUCGGACGAGGA